CGCAGGGGCGAGGAGGGGAGCUGGCCAGAGACUGAGCAAGAGAGGGAAGAGAGAGAGGCGCUUUGCCUGUUGACAGUGAGCCCAGCCUGGGCUUGGGAUCUGGAUCUGUUUUGGAGAGAUCAGGACAGAGGAGAGAGAGGUUGGAGAGACCCAGUUGCAUCUUCCACUCCGAGGAAAGCAAGGACCAGGGAAUUUGGAAGAUUACACUUUGAAUGGUUGACAGGUAAGCUCCAAGGGCUGAGAAGGAGUCAUGUCGGUACCAUUCAGAAAAGAACUGGAGAAAUACAAGAACAUCAAUGAAGAUGAAAUUCUCAACAAACUUUCAGAGGAUGAACUGAAGCAGCUGGAGAGUGUUCUUGAUGACUUGGAUCCAGAGAAUGCGCUUCUUCCAGCAGGCUUCCGCCAGAAGGAUCAGACCAGUAAAACCACCACAGGACCUUUUGACCGAGAACGUCUGCUGUCCUACUUGGAGAAGCAAGCCUUGGAGCACAAAGACAGGGAGGACUGCGUGCCCUUCACAGGGGAAAAGAAAGGGAAAGUGUUUAUCCCUAAAGACAGACCCAUAGAAACGCAUACGGAAGAGAAGGUGACAUUGGAUCCAGAAUUAGAAGAAGCCCUGGCCAGUGCCUCAGAUACAGAGCUGUAUGACCUGGCAGCUGUUCUUGGAGUACACAACUUGGUCAACAACCCCAAGUUUGAUGAAGGAGCCACCAGUAAAGAUGGCAAAGGGAUCGUGAAAAACAUAGUCAAGGGUGAAAAAGUCAAGCCAAUUUUUGAGGAACCACCCAACCCAACAAAUGUCGAAGCCACUUUACAAAGGAUUAAGGCAAACGAUCCUACUCUCCUGGAAGUGAAUCUGAAUAACAUCAAGAAUAUUCCAAUUCCAACCCUGAAAGAAUUUGCAAAAGCACUGGAAACCAAUGCACAUGUGACGAAAUUCAGCCUGGCAGCUACUCGGAGCAAUGACCCUGUUGCCAUUGCUUUUGCUGAUAUGUUAAAAGUGAACAAGACCCUAAAAAGCCUAAAUAUAGAAUCCAAUUUUAUUACCGGGACAGGCAUCCUUGCCUUGAUUGAUGCACUGAAAGGGAAUGAAACACUAACGGAGAUUAAAAUUGACAACCAGAGGCAACAGCUUGGGACAGCAGUAGAGAUGGAGAUUGCUCAGAUGUUGGAAGAGAACUCGCAGAUUCUCAAAUUUGGGUACCAGUUUACAAAACAAGGCCCAAGGACAAGGGUAGCCACAGCCAUCACUAAAAACAAUGACCUCGUUCGCAAGAAGCGAGUAGAAGGAGACCGCCACUAGUCUUGCCUAAGAAGACAUGGCCAAGCUACCUGUCAAAGAGUUCUGUUCCAUCCACGAGCCAAGAAAAUCCACUGGUCUUAAGGGGAGACACUGGAAAAUCUUUACAAUGAAGCUACUCAUGUUCCGUUACGCUUAUCCCAGCCCUUAUAUUUUAAAUGGAAUGGUCCAGCCUGAUUUUCUUAUUUUUUUUUAAAGACACACUUUUUGAAUCUGUUAUGUAAAGCCAACAUGCAUACCAUAGAGGCCAACAUAACACAUAGCUUCUUAUGGAACCUCUAAAACCACUCAGUCUUCCUUUAGCCACUCUGGACCAGUUCUUUGAGAAAAAAGCUAAACUGUUAUGAACCUAGAACAGGGUCCUUUUGUGGUCAUACCCUACUAAUGAAUGCUGGCUUUGUUCCAGUCCAAAUUUUACUUGCACAAAUAAGAAAAAUUCCAUGCAAUUGAUUUUUAUUUUAUUUUUUUGCAAUGCAGUGCUAUAUCAGUUGUUCCCAUUCUGGUAACCUAUACUCAAGCUCUGAAUUCAGGUCACUCAGAACUCUGAGGCAGGUCCUACCUAAGCACAGAUACUCAAAUUGACAUUUCCUUGCUAAUGAAUGAGAAUCACAAACCCACUCAGAAACUUUCACUGAAACAAAUGGGACUUGGGUGUGACUGUGUUUCUGUCUUAUAUUCCACCAUUCCAUCCUGCCUCAAAGUAGGGAUAGAUCCACUUUGAGUCCACUAUAGUGAUCACUUUAUAUGUGAGACUUUGUAUACAGCAUAGAGCCAAAAGUGACAAAGAGGUCAUUUUAAGACACUUCAAGGCAGAGUCAUUUUUCUACCAGCAGCCUUCUUUUGUCAAAUAGGUCAGGUUUUGAAAUCCAGACUACAAUGUGCCAUACACAGCCACUGCCGGGAAGAGUUUGCUGAGCAAAGUGCAUGAGGUGAAUCACAUAAUGAAUUGGUUCAGACGGCACAGCAGAGCAUAGUUCGAAUCAACUUUGAUUUGCACAAAAUUGAUUUGCUGGCUGAUUGGUAAAUGAGUAGUUUCAAACAUCAGCCCUAAUCAUAGCUCAGUUUGGUCUGAAUUCAGAUAGAAAUGUACGUGGUGUAAGGUUGGCCAUAGCCAUCCUUCCAGGCUAGAAGUCAUGUACAAAAAAAAACCAACACUUCCACUAAAUCAACUGAGGGGAAACUGAGCUUUUCCAUGUUCAUACCACCAAAUGUCCUGUGAAUUCCUUGGUGCAAUUUGAGUUGUCUUUGUGAGUGCUGUUGAAUCCUAACUGUUUACAUGUGUUAAGUGAGACCAACCAGCUUUUCAAUGUGUUGUCCUGUUGGGUGACUUCAUGUAACCAACACAAGUGUUGCCAAACUUAAACUAGCUUCAAGCCACUUAGUUUAAAUAUAUAUAAACAAAUAAAUAUGUUUUUUUACAGGAAGACAAGAUUAUCACUCAAUCAAAGUACUGUGGUUUUUUCUAAUCACCAAGGUUUAUUUUUUUAAGAUGCAACCCUGAUUUUGCACAUUUGUUGGAGUCCAAAACAUCUGGAGGGCCGGAAUUUGCCCAUGGCUGAUUUAGAAUAUCCACCAAACUCUCCUCUAGUACCACAUUUCAAAUGAGUUGAUUCUCCUAUUAGCUUUCCUAACUGUCACUUUUCACAACCAUACAUGACAUGGACAAUCCUGACAUUGGUAAUGUAUGAGAUAUUACACUUAAGGAUAUUGCUUUUAACACUGACCUGAUUUAUAUAGUAUUAACAGAACCCGCAUGCGAAAUAGCUUUGUCUCUAUAAGACACAAAAGGCUCCAGUUGGCACUUUGGGGGGUUGGGAAUCUGUAACUUUUAUGGGAUUUGAGCAACCUAUGAGCUAGGCCUUCCAUGGUGUUGCCCACAAGCUGAUGCUCAUUUGUACGAUUUUGCUCUCAAAAGCAGAGAGAAACCACACCUUGCAGAAGAUCCCACAUUUAUUCCAUGGUGCUUACAGGGAGAGAUGGGAAAUACUCCAAAACCAUGGAGGGCCGUUUAAUAUGGGCAAUAUUAAUACCAAGACUCACCAUCUACUUGGUACAAGGCAGCUUUUGAUGGUCAAUAGAUGUGGCCUCCUGGAGAUUAGGUUUUGACACAGGUACCAUGGCUUCAUUCACAAGGCUACUCUCCGAUUGAGAUGUUUAACCACAUGAACUCAGAUGUUGAGUUGGAUGAUUCUUGUUUCAUCAGGCCUCCCUAAUGCCAAGGAGGUUGUAAUUAUAAUUGUAACCACUGUAUAUGAUGCUGUAUUUGCAUGUGGUGGAUCUACUGUGCCACCUGAGCUGCUUUUUACUGUAUGGCAAUUUAUUACUGUGAUGCGUAUCUUAUGAUCUGAACCAUACAAUGGGUAUUCUGUGCACUUGUGGGCCAUACUUUGUAACAGUCUGCUUCGCUGCUUAACUCCACCUUGUAAGUAACUUCCUUUAUCCUCUUCCUCCUAAGUACAAUUUGAUCUACUUUUA